UUAGCUGGUGACGCGCCUCUGCUAUUAAUCAUUCACCAGCCGGGGAACAGCAAUUGCCGCCGCUCGAAGCGAGCGACGCCGGCAGCCGCCUCCCUCCCGAUGCCCGCGCCCCGCAGCCGCCGCGCCGGGAGCCCUGCCGGGAUGAUGCCGAACCCAGCCGACGGCGGGGGCCUGCUGCUCUGAGACGGGGCGGGGGGUCCGGGCAAAGGAUGCUCCCCAAUGGCACCUGCCCCAGGCUUCCGGGUGGUGCAGGCAGCGACAGCGGCGGCAGCGACAGCGGCGGCAGCGACAGCGGCGACAGCGGUGGCAGCGGAGACAGCGGCGCCUCGGGAGAGGCGGCGGCGAGGGGCAUGGACUCGGGCGGCAGGAACUCCUCUGGCGCCCCGAACAGCACCCUGAGUGAGUCUCAGGGCAGCGCCAUCCUCAUCUCAUUCAUCUACUCCGUAGUGUGCUUGGUGGGGCUGUGUGGCAACUCCAUGGUCAUCUAUGUGAUCCUACGUUAUGCCAAGAUGAAGACGGCCACCAACAUCUACAUCCUCAACCUGGCCAUCGCAGACGAGCUGCUGAUGCUCAGCGUCCCUUUUCUGGUUACCUCCACCCUGCUGCACCACUGGCCCUUUGGCUCACUACUCUGCCGCCUGGUGCUCAGUGUGGAUGCCAUCAACAUGUUCACCAGCAUCUACUGCCUGACCGUGCUCAGUGUGGACCGUUAUAUUGCUGUGGUGCACCCCAUCAAGGCGGCUAGGUACCGCCGGCCCACUGUGGCUAAGAUGGUCAAUCUGGGUGUCUGGGUGCUUUCCAUCCUCAUCAUCCUGCCCAUCAUCAUCUUCUCCAACACAGCAGCCAACAGUGAUGGAACGGUGGCUUGCAACAUGCUCAUGCCAGAGCCCACCCAGAGGUGGCUGGUGGUCUUUGUGAUCUACACUUUUCUGAUGGGCUUCUUGCUGCCUGUAGUGGCCAUCUGCCUCUGCUACAUCCUCAUCAUUGCCAAGAUGCGCAUGGUGGCCCUGAAGGCUGGCUGGCAGCAACGCAAGCGCUCAGAACGCAAGAUCACCCUCAUGGUCAUGAUGGUGGUGAUGGUCUUUGUCAUCUGUUGGAUGCCCUUCUACAUUGUGCAGCUGGUCAAUGUCUUUGUAGAGCAGGAUGAUGCCACCAUCAGCCAGCUCUCUGUCAUCUUGGGCUAUGCUAACAGCUGUGCCAACCCUAUCCUCUAUGGCUUUCUCUCAGACAACUUCAAGCGGUCCUUCCAGCGGCUGCUCUGCCUCAGUUGGAUGGACAAUGCUGCAGAGGAACCCAUCGACUACUAUGCCACUGCCCUCAAGAGCAGGGCAUACAGUGUGGAGGACUUUCCCCCAGACAACUUGGAGUCAGGGAGCAUGUACAGGAAUGGCACUUGCACCUCCAGGAUUACCACCCUCUGAGGAAAAAUUCCUACCCCCCAGCUCCCCUACGCCCCCCAGGUGGAGGGUGAGCAAGGGCAGGGCUGUGGCAUGGGGAGCUGGGAGAGAGGGGAUUUCAGUCCUGCCUACCAACAGCAGUGUUAGGCACAAGAAAGAGCAAAGAAAAUCCCACAUCCUUGAUCUGCUGCCCCCUCAACUCAGGGAGGCACCAAGGCUGCCUCCCUUGAGAAUGAGUGUAUUCACUGAUGCUUUGACACCCAUUUAGCAAAUUGUGGCUCUCAUGGGUUAACUUAGGGUCCGGCAGCCUGAGCUUUGCCACCCCUCUCUGUGUCUGACAAAUGGCUGUACAGAUGACUCUCCCACCACCUUUUGUACAGGCUGCCCUUCCCCUUGGCUUGUGGGACCCUCCAGGCCACUGAGUCGAGCCUGCCUCCGUCAAGCCCCAGCAUCCAGGCUCAGAUUCCCUCGGACUGAAAAUGACCCUGCUCAACAUCUGUCGGUAUGUGCCUCCCCCAUCAGAGGUUAGAAAUACUGGAAAAUGUCCCCACAACGCACAUCUUGCCCUCCCCCAGGAAGGAGCAAGUAGCCUCUCUCUGCACCUACCCUUCCCUUCCCCUGGAAUAAAAUAGAAAGCAGGAAGGAAAAAGUCCCCUAGAAAAUAAGCAGCAUAGUCAUGGAGCUGUUUUUUGCUUUGCAGACAGCUUCCACCUCACUGGGGGUUUGACUCUCUGUGCUAUGCUCAGUGAAAGCAGAGCAGAAAAGGUCUUGGGAAAAAAAUCUGAUUAUUGCUGUGCUUCACAGCUGCAUGGCAGGUUGCUGACAGUGGGAGAUAAACAGUUCUGUGGCUCACAGGGAGCAGAGCACUGAGCCAGGAGUUGGAAUGCCAAACUGGGAAAUGUUUGAAUGCAUCCAUACAUACAAUAAAGUGUUCUAAUAAUGAAGUUUAAAGACAGCGCUAGACUGUGAAGCUGCUGUCUUGCACCUGCUCUGUCAGCUGCAAAACAGCAAUGAAGGGAGCCGAGACAGUUUUUGAAUGACCUGGGUGGCUGCAAAGUCACUUUAGCCUACAUGGAAAAAGAGGGAUCCGUUUUAAAAUCUCCAUCUGGAUCUGAAAUAAAUACUUGACAGAAAAAGUAGCUGUUUGGUAAUAGCUAUUACCCUAGCUCCAGUUUCUUCUGUUGCACUAAAAAAUAUAAAAUGAGUUUCAUAUGUUGACAAUGUAAUAUACUGAUCCAGAGUUUCUCAACGUUUCAUUUCUGAGAAUUCUUGUUUUUAGUGUGUGCCAGAUGUCCUCUUGUUUGAUUUUUUAUUUUAUUCUUGUCACUGUGUUGUGAAUGUGUUUUUCUGAAGCAAUUUGUACUUAUGUCUGUGGUGGCUACUCGCAAGGUUGCAUUUAAAAUCGGUGAUGCUCAAGAAGGCUCCUUUUCAGAUAAAAACAUUGUCAUUUUUCCUAACUCUUUCAUCUACAUUGUCUCCCCCCAAAAAACCCUCUUUUGAGUUUUCUCUCUUCCCCUCUUAUGACAGAACAAUUUUCAUAUAGACAAAUGAAGCUUUCUUUGAUAAAUGACAGCUGAUUAAACAAAACCUUCUGUCCCUGCUCCCUCUUAUCCCAGACAUAAGAAUCAGUACAGACUGUGUUGAAACAAGCAGCUAUGUUUUUUCUUUCCACCACCUAUGCUAACAGUGUCACGCAGUGGCAAGUGUCCCAGUAGCUGUGACAAAUCACUUCUCUAGCACAAUACUGUGGUUGUAUUAAUUAUAACUACUGGCAAUCUGAUGCAAAAGAUUGGAAAAAAGCUCUAGUAGCAGCAUACCCAUAGCAUUGUAGAUGUAGCUACAGUGCUUAAGUACAGUGUUAAAUGUAAGGCUGACAGUUAAGGUAUCUAGGAUUUUUGGUGGUGGACUUACUACAGGUUUUUGUUAAAUUAUACCCUUUAACUUUUCUCAGCAGCAAAAAGCAGGAUACUACUUUUAGGUACUGUGUCAUGAAUGUAUAAAUUUAAUAUUUCAAAGUUAUCUGAUUCAAAGUCCAUAAAAAUGAGAGAAAAAAAUCCUAAUUCACCUCAGUGGACUGUGAGUCAGUUCCUUUGAGUUUAAAAACUGUUGAUGUGGAAACUGUUACAUCCUUAUUAAAAUAUUUCGUGAUAAGCUUU